AUGGAUGCAUCAGGCUUGUUCGUGGAGGAAAAUGGGGCGCCAGAUGACGAUGCCAUCUCCAUCAACUCUACCCUAGUAUCCGAACAUGAUUCAGAUGAGGAGUGGCUCGUCGAAGGUAUCCGCUACCAGACUCGUGAAGGCGGAAAAGACAAAUAUCUGGUGGAGUGGACCGGCUAUCCUAUUGAAGAAGCAACGUGGGAACCAGAGGAGAACGUAACGGACGAGCUGCUUCAAGAGUGGAGAGAUACGGAAGCAAAGCAAGCCCGAGGCGAAGAGGAGCCCUUUGACAUCGUCGCCUGGCAGGAAGCCGUGGACAAGCGUUACGAUGACAAAUAUCAGCGACACCAUAAGCGCAACACUGAGCGGAAGCGACGAGGCCUGCAACUCAAACUGUGGAGGGGCGAAACCAAAGCCGACUACUACGUUAGUGACGAAGAUGUCAGCGAGGACGAUUACAAUGCCAUCAUUCCGCCCCCAAAGCCUGUUGAGCGACAGACAGAGACAAGUCCUAUCGAGGACAUUCGGCCAAAGAAGCCACUCAAGCAGGCGGCCGUGGCAAGACCAGUCCACCGCAAGCGGACCACGAUGGCAGAGAAGGCGACGGAUAGUACUAAGUCGCCAACGAAGAAAAAAGCCUCGUCGCCCGUUUCACAGCCACACCCGCAAUCAUCAUCACUCGCGUCGGCGGCAAACGGGUCCUGGGGGGCUGCGAAAAAGUCGACUGCUAGCAAGCCGGCCGCUACUGCAGCCGUUAGUCGGUUGGCUGCUCCUACGGCAUCUGCAUGGCCUGCACACAAGGCUAAGAAGACCGCCAUCAGCUCGAGGACGAUGAUCAGAUUACACAACAGUGGGAGCGGCAUCAACGUCUUUGCCGCCGGCAAGCAAUCAAGGCAAGGUCGUCAAUUGGUGCAGAACGUGGCAGACCCAACUAAAGAUCCUCGCAUGUUUACAAACUUUCGACUGCGGCGGAAGGCCGAGUUACAAAGCCGUGAUAAGGCAGAUGUGGCGUCUGGCGCUAUGCCGACUAAGCUAUUCAGUAUCAGCAGCGGUCCUCCUGCAGGCUCAAACUCUGACACAAGCCCUGGCACUUCAAGUACCGUUCUUCGGUCUGCUUUGAAGCAUUCGGCCGAUGGCUUGAUGGCGAUAUCCGCCAGCGACUCCAGUGCUACGGUUUCGGAGAUAACCGAUACGGCACUUCCCCCGAGCUCAGAGCCGCAGUCUACGAGGCCCAUAGUCAAGAAUAGGAGGUCUGUUCAGUUUGCCGACUUACCGCUUGUCAAUGAGCCGGAGUUGAUGGGCGAGAUGGUCACGUCGCCAAUCUCUCGCCCGAAAAGACUCAAGUCACCCCCGAUGCCAUCAGACCCGUCUCAGCCAUCUCAGCCACCUCCAAAACCCCGAUCUAUUCUCCGCAAACUGUCCGUAGCAGAAUACCAGUCGCGAAGCGCGGGCCAGAGCUUUGAGAAGGUUGUCGUCCUGGGCCCAUCAGGCACCAAGGGCGUUCAGAUGACGUUUGAAAACAUCAGACCUGACUCCGACCCAUGGCACUCACACUUCGUCAAAAAAGAUUCACUCCAUUUCAGCAGAACCUUGAAUGCCCUUACUUUUACCUCCCAAAGAGGGUCGAUCGUGGGGCAGAACCUGUCACACGGGGCCGUCCGACCGACACUGGCUAGCGACCAAGAAAUUAUCAGCAGAGCCGCUGAACGGCUAAGAUUAGGUCCUUUCGGGGUUGCCUGCUUCCACGAAGAGUUCCUCAUCAUCAUCUAUCCCGCCGACUGUGAGGAUUGGAAGAAGGUGAUAGCUGAAGCCGAAGUCAGCAACCCGGCAACCGUCACGUUGAGAUAUGCCAUAUUCAAACCGCAGUCAAUUGCCACGAAGCCCCUGCCGGCGAAAAGGAGAUGUGCUCCACGGUCAACAGAGCCACGCAGUACAAUCUUUCGGGAUCUGCUCCGUCUCAACUACCGUCAACUUCUAUCACCUGGGAUGCGAGACAUACACCACAACUUCUACCUAGCGUUCCCUCCGUCCAGAAAGCUCUUGCUCGAUGCUGUGAGCGAGUGGCUUCAUGUGGAAAAUCCCUCUUGCAGGGUGUUUUCCACCAAGACUACUGGCGAUUGGGCCGCCUUUACCAAUCCGAAGAUUGUCGCGCAAGGAGUCAUCAUUGUUCACGAGGCAGCCACUGAUACUCUCCGACAGUUCCCUGGCCUGCUCAGGCUACUGACUCACAGCAAGAGUGCAGCUUACGUGUUCUGGUGCAUUGGGGAGUCACUUCAGCAGCACCCUUUGUAUCCUUCCAUCCGGUCCACGCACCACCAGACAGAACCAGGCAAAGUUGAAUUGACGAGGUUUUUCCCCCAUGGCAACGCGAUACUGGUGACGCCCAGCUUCCUGGUGUCGGAGCCAAGACGUGCUCAACAACUCUUUGAGUGGUACAAGAAAACGCAUGACAAACCCUACAACAACCAAAAGAUUGUAGCCGCUGCAAACAUAGUCGACUACCUACGAGAUCUCGCAUUCGAGAGGUCCACUUAUCGCGAUAUAUUGUUGACAGAGGGUGAUGAGCAGCGCCAACGGUCCGACGUAGAGCGAGAACAGGCAGCACAACUAGCAGGCCUGAGCAAGGAAGACUGCACGGCUCGCUUUAAUACUUGGGCUAUUGUUGACGGACUUCGGUUACCUGCUCAGACCAGCAUUGUGCCGGACGAGCAGCUCGAGCCCAUCGUUCUCGCUGACCAAUCCAUCGAUGCCAACGAUGAGCAAAGCCUGGUGAAUUGGUUCGGCUGCUGGUCACAAACUCGAUUCGAUCAGUUCCGGAAGUUCCAUGUCCUGGGCACCGACGGCAGUUCCGACACCAGUCAUCUCAUCAAAGCCUGCGACAUUCCCUUCUACCCUGCGGGCGCAGGGCGCGAUCCGGGAGCCGAGCCAAGGAGUGACGGUCCUCUUUUGGAACCUACUGCAAGCGACCCCGACCAUCCCCGUCAACCCCACGAUGGUGUAACCAAGAUGCUCGGGGGGUUGGCUGCUCACUUCUUUUCUACCAAGUUGAUGGAGCUGGCAAAGGAGUGUGACAAUGCCAGGUGGUGCCCGUUUGCGAAGCUGUACGGCUUCCCAGUUUCUUACUUCAAAGAUAUCGCCGAUACUGCUGACUCAUACGGAGAUUUCCAUCGGAACUUUGCGACGUUCGAGAGAUGGUUGGAGUUUCCCUGGCCAUUCUUCACUCAGUUCUUGCCAGGCUUCCGACCCCCAAGCGACGCACGUGGGCCACCUGUCUUCAACACCUACUUUACCUUGUUCUACACUCCCGACGAAGAUUCCCAAUGUAGACCACCCACCCGUCACCCAUGGCUCGCCAUUUGGCGAGUUCAGGCACCUCACAGGCCGUGGGAAGGGACAGAGCUCCUCAUCUGGGACAUUGCAGCCAAGGACCGGUUUCCCACGGGAGACCGCUUUUACGAGUCCCAGCUCACCUCGCCUCAACAACAUCUCAUCGGGAUGAUACGAGAAAAGGGGGCAGCCAAGCAUCGAGGUCUUGAUUUGAAGCAGGUCUGGAUUGGAGGUUUCGAUUCAGUCCCCACCGAGUACACCUCGCCGAUCGAUGUGACCUUGGCCAACCUGGAGGCCAUGAUGAGAGAUGUCAAGGGAUAUCUUCCUGCAAUCGAACUUCUUCUUUCCUCGAGGGGUUUUCACAAAAUCUAUCCCGGUGCCGCGCCUGCCCCGAGAAGGCCCAUCACGCCAGAUGGGAUGGACAUCGAUCCGAUCGUCCGUCCUCAGAAUCACAACGGCGAUGGCAAGAUCAUCUUUCAUCCGCCCCGCGCUUGCAGACCGAUCCGGCACAGCCGGUGCGAGAACCUGUUCUACAAGUGGGUGAUGAAUCUUGACAGACGGGACAAGCGUAAGGCGUACCCCUAUACGUUCAAACCGACCCUAGACUGGUAUCAGGAGCAGCAAGUGGCGGAGAACCGAAACUUUGAGCACAUCAACGUCUCUUCUUGGAAGCGCGUCUUCGAGUUGGUACGCAUUCCUCCCACCAGUGGGAAGGACAGCGAGGGGACGCGCGUGGAGAGCAAGAAGUGA